UGUAGGAUGAAUGUUGAUGAAUACUGAUUGACUAAUCCAUAAACCCAAAUAUGCUCUAUUGGUAAAGCAACAAUUGUAUCUGUAAUCAGAGCCAUAAACCCAGAUAUGCUCUACCAAACCAAAAUAAAAUGUUAAAUGCUUUAAAUAACGAUAUGCAUGCUCAGUUUCCUAUAUUUCCUUGUCAGUGCAAUGUCAUCUUCUUCACUGUCAUCUUCAUCGGCUUCAGCAGCAUCAUAUCAAAGGCAAACACUGACAUCUCAAAGAUUAAACAAAUGAAGAUUCUUAUCAUGAAAACUGCGGUCCAGUUCUUCAUCCUGGGUUGCCCCUGGAUACUCGGUUUCUUCGUGAAAAGCAGCGACAUACUGAACAUUCUCUUCCUUUUCCUCAACUCCCAGCAAGGAACCUUCCUGUUUCUGGUCCACUGUGUUCUCAAUGAGGGGGUUCGGCAGCAAUACAGGAAGUGGUGGCUGAAUCUGAAGCAGGGAUCCAAUCGUACUAACCCCUACAAUGCAAGUGCAGUAACUAAAACAACAUCUUCACGAUAAUUAAAACCAAAUUUAACAACAGUUCAUCUCUGUCCCACUCACAUGUGUGGUCUAGCUAUUAACAAUGCAUUUGCUAAUGCUAUGACGGUGUUAGAAAUCUAUAAUAUGGUUGUUACUAUCAAAUGUGAUAUACCCUUCUCCAAAUAGGUGCUCAUACAAUAUUAACGGUAGUAAUGGUAUGAAUUGUAAUUCCCUAUUAAUAGUAAACUGUAUUUACAAUAAAUAGUCCUUUUAUCUGCUCAUUUGUAAAGCACUUUGAAUUGUGUGAAUUUUGCUACAUCAAUAAACUUAUCU